AUGGCUUCCGUCUCCUCUCUCGAUAAAGACCUCGCACGUCUCCGCCGAUCAAAAUACACUCCCGAGGCGUCCGCGGCCGUGAGCACCUGGCUCAGCUCCACCCUUGGUGAAACACUGCCCGCAGGCGACCUCAUGGACAUUCUAAAAGACGGCACACUGCUUUGCCGACUGGCCAACCACCUCGCGAUCACCACCGGCGGCAAGCAGCUAAAGCCGAAGAAGUCCGCGAUGCCGUUCGUACAGAUGGAGAACAUCUCGCAAUUCCUGACUGCCAUCUCGUCGCCGCCCGUUUCGCUGCCGCCCCACGACCGCUUCCUGACCGUCGACCUCUUCGAGAAGAAGGAUCCCGCGCAGGUCCUGCAGUGCCUCGGUGCCUUCUCGCGCGUCGCCAACUCCCUCAACCCCACCACGUUUCCGGACACCGUGGGCGGGCUGAAGGGCGGUGCUACCCCGGUGGGCACGGGGGCCGCGGGGAAGCCACCGGCACCAACCGUGCCGGGAAAGAAGGUCACGGUGUCAGCGUGGGCGAAGCCGGGUCAGGAGGGGGCUACGGCCCCGGCGUGGAACGUCGCGCAGUAUGGUUACAUGGGCGGUGCCAGCCAGGGGAAUCAGGGGAUCAUGUUUGGUGGAAGACGGCAGAUCACGGCGACGCCGCCUUUAACGGCCGGGCCCGGCUCUGGUGGUACGGCUGGGGUGGCGACUGGCGCUGGGAUGCCGAAGCUGGAAACUACGACCACUACCGCGCAGGAGAGGGAGACGCUGAAGAAGCAGAAUGAAGCUGAGAGGUUGGCGUUGCGCAGGCGAGAUGAGGAGGAGAAGAGCGCGCUGCUGAAGAAGCAGGGCGAGGAGAGGACGUUGAAAGAGGAGAUGCGGCUUCGGGAGGAGGAGAAAAUACGGAAGGCGGCGGCUGCAAAGGUUGAGGAGGAAAAACUACGGAAGGCGGCGGCGUUUAUACAGCUUGAUGAGGAGAAAGUACGGAAGGCGGCGGCGGCUACACAGCUUGAGGAGGAGAAGGUACGGAAGGCGGCGGCUAUCAAGCUCGAGGAGGAAAAGUCUCGUCAAGCGGCGGCAAGGAGGAACUCCUGCAACAAGCGGCGACCAUACGACAACAAAAAGAAAGCGAGCUCCUCCGGCGCCGACAAGAAGACGAAAACCACGCCGAACGCACACGACAAGCGGACGAAAAACGCCGGUGGCAGGAAGAACGCGAGCAGGAUGAGCGGGAACACCAAGCCCAGGUCGAAGAGCAGAAGCGUCGGUGGCACGAAGAGGAAGAGCAGCGCAGGGAAUGGCAAGCCGAGAAAGACCUGCAGCGAGAAAUCGAGCGCGAACGCGAACUCGAGCGCCACCGCGAAUUCGCCCGUCUAG